GAUCUAACAGCAGUUCAAGUACCCAUUCAACCAUUGUCAGUAUCUGUCUGUCAGGCAACCUACACAGAGCCACUGCUAGCAGGACGAUCCCAAACCCUGUGGAUAGAGCCAGAACCAAUCAUUAUCAAGGCGCCAUCACCCAAACCAAUGGUAUUUGCAGCUCCACCACUACCACAAACCAAUGACUUUAGUUGUGGUCCUCUUCCUACAUCUUCGGUUGGCAAAAAAUUGCAGGUGUCACCUGAGCCUCUAAACUCAACAAUAGCUCAAGCUAGCUAUGUUGAAUCACCAAUCGUUGCCUAUGAAACAAAUGUUGUACAGUGCAGAGUGCCAGAAAUGCUCGGCAAAAAGCUUCAAGUUGCUCCUGCCCCUCUAAUAUCGGAAACUUCACAGGCUCUCUAUAUAGAAAAACUGCCUAUUCCAUUUGUUAUCAGUCGAUCGCAGUCAAUAUGGGAAGAGCCUCAUCCUGCGCCACAUGCAAGAAUGACUGUUCAGACUAUCUACUCAGAAUCAAGUCUUCCUAUAUAUGAAAGUGGUUCAGUUCAGUGUAGAGCAGUUGAAAUGCUUGGGAAAAAACUACAAGUGAUGCCAAAGCCACUGACUGUAAGUGCCUCACAAACAUCCUAUGUUGAGCCAGUUCCUGCAACACUUGGCGUUACCCGAGUUCAGUCCAUGUAUGAAGAGAUGGUAAUUAGUGUUGAAAGAGCUCAAGUUUUUUGGGAAGAUCCUGAGCAGAUCAUAAUCAAACCACAAACUCCCAGAACAGUUGUCAUGGCCGUACCCACUCAAUCUACGACUGACUUCAGUUGUGAUCCUCCUCUUCUAGACACUGCGAGCAAAGAACUUCAAGUUUCCACAGAACCCCUAUCGAGAGCCGUCGUUAACAUCACUCCAAAGCUUAUUCCGAUGGUCGUAUCCAGAGGUCAGACGGCAUAUGUCGAUGAGGUCAUGCCUACUUACUCGAGCAGUGCUGUCCAAUGCACAUCCAUUGAAACCACGAACAGAAAACUUCAGGUUACACCACAACCCCUGUCCCUCAAAAUGAGUAGAUCAAGUGUAAUUCUAGUUGAAUCAAAGGAAGCUAUUACCACUCAUGGGAAGAAACUACAAGUUGCACCUGAACCAAUGGCUACGGCUAUUAUGCAAUCACCAGAUGCACAGUUUGCAACAAGAAGUAGACAAACGGUCUCCAUGGAGAAACCAUUGUCUACCUAUUCAAGUUGUGGUGUCCAAUGUCGACCUGUUCAAACUCUUGGAAAGAAGUUGCAAGUAUUACCAGAACUUCCGAGUAGGAUAAGCAUACAAUCAGUGGUUGAGGAACCGGAAAGGGUGGUUUACGAAACAACUCACGUUCAAGCUAAACCUGCAGAAACCAUCGGUAAAAAGCUUCAGGUACAACCUCCACCUCUACUAUCUACAACAGCACAAACUGCUUGGGUAUAUAGAGCAAGCAGCGAUGCCACCAGUGGUACAGAUGCGAUUUCAACAGCACAUGCAUCAAUAGAACCAAUAAUGAUAGAAAAAUUCGGGAAAAAAUUACAAGUCUCCCCUGAGCUUAUGAGUAUUGCAGUCAUUCAGUCAGGUCAAUCAGAAACGAUACCCAGAACUCGCCGCUUGACCAUUGGUCGAGCAUACACAAUUAAGGAAAUAGCUCAUAUUGACCACAAAGGAACGCAAUUCGUGUCAGAAGGUGUAUUAACAUCUAUACAACCCGUAGAGGUUCAGAAAUUUAAUAAGAAGCUGCAAGUACAGCCAUUGGCACUAUCUUCGAUACCAGCGCAAACACUUUGGGAAGAACCGAUUGUCAUCAGACCUCUUCCUUCUGAGGGCAUUGUAAUGACAGCACCUCCCAUAGAAACCUAUGAUAUGGGAUGCGAUCCUUUGCCCUCUAUGGAAAAGAUAAAUAAGAAAUUAAUGGUGAGGCCACCAUUAAUGGAAACUACCCAUGUACAGUCAACUGUAGAGGCAGCAGAAAGAGCUUUGUUGAGUACCCAGGAGGUACAGGCUGAUAUUCCUUUAACAACACCCAUCAUUAAACCAACUUCUCCGGUCCAACGUGAUUAUGAAGCUCCUCCAAUUGUGCGGGAAACCUAUGAGACAGGAACGCAACAUGAGAUCAAUAUGCGAAACGUUCGAAUACAGAAAUAUUUCGAUGCAUUCGAAGGCACAGCCAACGUUGGCAUUCAGUUUUCGCCGCCAGCGAUACGCAGAUCGCCACCAAUUACGCGUGUACGCACAGCUGAUAGCGGAGUUCAGUUUAACCCUACAACAAUGAUUGGAAUUACUCAAACGUUGCCAAUAGAAAGGGCUCCUUCACCAACAAGACCAUCCAUAUUCACAGAGAGUACUCAAACCGAGGUUCAGAAAGGAGAUGCAAAUCUCUUCUCUUUUAUCCGUGAGACUAAGACAAAAGUGUUAAAAGAGCGUAGGGCUAGAUCCCAAGGUCUCAUUUCUUACAAGACCCAAGUGCCUUCUCAGCUUAGAGAUCAUGCUGUCAGCGUCCCGUCAAUGCUCCAUGUUAUGGAAUCAGGUGCAGAACAAUACUCAUAUCAACAGCAGAGAACUACAUCUACACACGUUCCUAAACGGUAUGGUAGAGGAGGAACUUAUGAUAGGCGCUUACGUUCACUGGAAACUAUGUAUGAAGAUGGAAGAAUCAGAGGUUUGCAAGGUCGGUUACCAAGACAUAGUGAAAGCGACCUCUACAGAGAAAACGUCUACAUGGGGGAGAUUUUACGGACUCAGCAACAACAGCUUGAAGAAACGAGUAUGGAUCACCUUCAACGGAUUGUGCGGUCUAUUGGUAUGGAAAGAGUGCAGUCGAUGCUAAGGCGAAUCUGGGAGGAAGAAGAAGAAGAACAUGCUAUAUAUGAGGAGAUCUAUGGUAGAAUGUACACUCCAAGACCACUCCCUGCUCUAAGAUAUGAAGAUGUGGGAACUCAAUAUGCAAUCCCAGCAUAUGGAAUCGUUUAUGCGACUGAUUUCGGUGUGCAAGCAGGUAAUUCACAUGUGCAAUGGAUACCACUCGCCUCGGGUCAAACUGUCCAAAUUGAAAGCGAAGAAAGCACAGACUACGAUGAAGCUUACGAAUGGGAUCCGUAUCAGUCUGCCUGGCGUCCAAGAAUGAAUUCCUUCCAGUGGGUAGCUAGAACAGGCUUUGACUUCGCAACACUUACAGAGGUAACUGAAGAAGAGGAGAACCAGUUUAUUGAUCGUCUGUUGAGAAGUCCAGCGCUGAGUGCUUACACCAGUGAUUUCGAAAUGCAGCAAGCUGGAAUUAAACUCAACUACCCAGAAAGUGGAACUGUGAGUGUGGUCUCAUGGAAACCUCAAUAUAUGGAUGGUGAAGAUCAAUUAGACGUCGAUACAAUUGGUCGGUUGUUAAGAGUUUCACUGGUAGGUGCUAGAGUUCCUGGAACAGGUGAAGUCAUUUCUGCUGCUGACGCAUUCUACAGGGGUAUUCUCCGUGUGGUCUACGUAGAUGAUAGCCGUGGUAACAUCAUGCCCCUACCAACAGCAAUAGUUGCUAAUGCAGUGAUUGUCGAAAAGCAAUAUCUUAGAGGCGUUGGAAUUGCAUUACAUAGCACUUCACUAAGGUUCCCCGUGGAAUGUCAAGAAAUGUGGAGAACACCGACACUUCGAAGGCGAACCUAUAGAGUCAAUUAUAUUCAGAAGUCCCCCAAUGAACGAGUUGAUCUUUCCAAAGCUUUAGACGAGGGUCUAAUAGAUUUAACAAGUGGCGAACUUGUAAAGAUAACGCCAGUAACAUCAGAAGCUCAACUAGAACCGAGAGAAUCAACUUUGGAAGCUGGUGAACCAAUUGCUGAAAGUUCACAACCAGAACGAUAUAGUGUACAUGAAGCCAUCCUCAAUGAUAUCCUCAAUGUAGAACUUUUAGCUCCUGAAACUGUCAUCUUUCCAAGCACUGAAGUGCCUCAAGAAGGCGUAAUCCAUGCAGGUGAAACCUCAACUAAAAGCCCCGGUCCUGAGGAAGAAGGUUCAGAUAUGGAAGUAUGA